AUUUUCUCAAUUUUUUUUUGGGGUGGCCCUUGAGCCCAACGCGUCUUGUGUUAGCUUACAAAAGGAAAUGCCAAAAAAAAGCUUACAGAAGGGAGUGGAGCCCGCGUUUCGUCUCUCCCGAAAUUCAGAUCCCGAACGAGAUUGAAAAAAAAAACUUUCAAUUGUCUUGCUCUAAAUUUUCCCGCUUCUGUGGAGCUUCCAUGGACUCAACCCCAUCAGCAGCGCCAGUUCUGCGAGCCGAUGACGAGUGGGAGCUCUGCAAUGAUGACGGCUUCAUAUACAAGCGCAAGAAGCGCCUGUGGGUCGAUGACCCAGAGCCCGUCUCAACGGCACCGGAUCCGGAGUUAGAGAGGAGAAGCAGGAGAGAGCGUAAGAGGAGGACUCUUUCGAGACUCAAGAGGGAGUACCAGAGUGAGAUCAACCAGUGGGAGAAUUUGUCGAACACCUUGCACGCGAUGCAGGAUAAGACGCAACAUCAGAUUAAUUUGCAACUAGAACAGCAAGAGAAGGAUGAUACGGUGUUUCUUUCGAAUUCCCCUCCCAGAGAAGUUCGAGGGGGCAAGGAUAGUGGGGGGUCUUUAGUCGAUGAGCUCCUUUUGCAGAUGGUGGCACAGGAAGCAAUAAUCCAUGAUGUUUCAAAUCUAUGUGAUGUAGCGGAAGCUAUGUGUAAUGCCCAUGAGGAACGAUUAAAGCAGCAGUUUUUCGAUCUUCCAAUAUGGGCUUCCCCUGAAGAGCUCAUGGCAUCACUUUGUGAUGAGCUACCAUGGGGCUGCCACACAUUUAAAAAGUUCUGCAAGACAGAGACUACAUUGGAGCUAUCUUGGACACCCAGAGAAAGACAGUGCAUGAGUAGCAGAGCAAGUCUCCCUCAAAUGCAAGGAUUAUGCAGCUGCUCUACUCCAAAUCCAAGGGACUCCUAACGAAUGUUGGACGCCGCCUCCAACUAAUUGAGUUGAAGCUUUCAACUCAAUAUUGAUGCAGCUGUCUGCAUUAAUGGUUCAACAUCAGAUGCAGUUUGCAGAGUUUGGUUCAAUAUCAGCUACAGUUUGGUGAGUUUGCAGAAACCGCAAAAAGAAUAUAAUUGCACCAAGCUCGAUCGAUUUCAAGUUUCUACAACUAGCUCUCUAAUAGCUGAAGCCGUCGCAGCUUCCCUUGCAGUUUUGAGCUAGCAGAUAUCAUCCACUCAUUUUUGGUAGAAAAUCCUCCACAGCAGCAUCUUCAACCUGAUUGGCGCUUCAAAGGAUUGACCUUUAAGACUCUCAAUAAAACUUAGGGUCCCUUGGGUGGUUGUUUUCUGUUUUCAUUUUCUGUGUUCCUUCGGGUUUGUUUUCUGUUUUCAUUUUUUAUUUUCAAGUGAUUUUUUCAUUUUUCCGUUUUCAA